GCAGCCCUCCAGGAGCCUCCUGCCCGGCCUCCCCAAGUGGGCAGUGGAGUUGGCCAGGCCCCUGGGCACGCCAUGCGCAGCACCACACUACUGGCACUGCUGGCACUGGUCCUGCUCUACUUGGUGUCUGGUGCCCUGGUGUUCCAGGCCCUGGAGCAGCCCCAGGAGCAGCAGGCCCAGAGGGCGCUGGGGGAGGUCCGAGAGAAGUUCCUGAGGGACCAUCCAUGUAUGAGCGACCAGGACCUGGGGCUCUUCAUCAAGGAGGUGGCUGAUGCCCUGGGAGGGGGUGCGAACCCUGAUAUCAACUCAACCAGUCACAGCAACUACUCAGCCUGGGACCUGGGCCGCGCAUUCUUUUUCUCAGGCACCAUCAUCACCACCAUCGGCUAUGGCAAUGCAGCCCUGCGCACAGAUACUGGACGCCUCUUCUGCAUCUUUUAUGCACUGGUGGGAAUCCCUCUGUUUGGGAUCCUGCUGGCAGGGGUCGGAGACCGGCUGGGCUCCUCCCUGCGCCGAGGCAUCGGUCAUAUUGAAGCCAUCUUCCUGAAGUGGCACGUGCCCAAGGAACUGGUGCGAGUUUUAUCGGCGGUGCUCUUUCUGCUGAUCGGAUGCCUGCUCUUUGUCCUCACCCCCACGUUCGUGUUCUGCUAUGUGGAGGGCUGGAGCAAGCUCGAGGCCAUCUACUUUGUCGUAGUGACGCUCACCACGGUGGGGUUCGGGGACUAUGUGGCUGGCGCCGACCCGAACCAGAACUUUGCAGCCUAUCAGCCGCUGGUGUGGUUCUGGAUCCUGCUGGGCCUUGCCUACUUUGCUUCAGUGCUCACCACCAUUGGGAACUGGCUGCGAGUAGUGUCCCGCCGCACUCGGGCAGAGAUGGGCGGCUUCACGGCCCAGGCCGCCAGCUGGACCGGCACGGUGACCGCGCGGGUGACCCAGCGAGGCGGGACCGCGGCAGCACCGCCGCCCGAGAAGGAGCGGCCAUUCUUGCCCCCACCGCCGCCCGCCAGCAGGCCCCCAUCCCCUGCGCCCCCGGAGAAGGCCGAGCCGCCCUCCCCGCCCACCCCGCCCACGGCCUCGGCGCUGGAUUACCCCAGCGAGAACCUGGCCUUCAUCGACGAGUCCUCGGACACGCAGAGCGAGCGCGGCUGCGCGCCGCCGCGCGCGCCACGGGGUCGCCGCCGACCCCCCAACCCCUCGAGGAAGCCCGCGCGGCCCCGGGGCCCCGGGCGCCUCCGCAACAAAGACGCGCCCGCGUAGGGGAAGGACCACGGCCCCAGCCUCCCAGAGGGCUUCCUCCUUGCUCUCUCCCCUGCAUGCUUUGCUUGAUUGACCAAAGAGCCCUUUUUCGAUGGGACUGGAGCCUGGGGAGCAGGCCAGGUUGCUUGCCUGCCACCCCAGCUCCUGGCCCUCUCCUCACUCCAUCCAUCUCCAGACCCCCACGGCUUUCUGUCUCGCUGUCCCGGCUGGACCUGUCCCUCACAACUGUGCCUCAAAGCCUGCCUCAAUAA